CAAGCUCUCGCUCUCAGGUGUCCAAUCCUUGCCCUAGUAUACCUGAGGCCCUCCUGCGUUCUCCACGCAAUUACCAAGGAUGGUUCAACAGACCGGUGGAAGCGAGUCACGUCCAAAGUUCGAAUUGGCCCGCAUUACGUGGCCCACCCUACCAAGUCUACCUCUCGCACCCAUGCUAUUCAACGUCGGAGCACGGCGCUUAUACAAAUAUUCAUCCACGGCCAAUCUGAAGAUGGGGACUGACGAAAGAGAGGGAGUUAUGACUGCCCUUGCUCGCUCGAUCCUCGGUCCAAUCGUCCCAGAAGUCCUCGGUGUCAUUACCAUUUCUAACCCGCCACCGGAGCGGCAUGGCCUCCUCCUGGCUCGACAGCCGGGCACACCCCUUAUCACCCUCUGGUCAUCGCUCUCCUCCAUGCAACGCGGGGAAGUCAAGGGAAGGUUGUGCGACCUUAUGUUACGCAUGCGCCGGUGCCGCUUCAGCUAUUACGGGCGCCCCGGGGGACUGCCCUACACUACGAAGACCGAGUGUGGCGUCACGCAGCAUACAUUCUGCACCACGCGCGCGGAAUGGGACGAGUCUCGCAUCCAAGCACUGCGGGCGGUCGCGCCUACCCUAGGCGUCGACGAGCCACGUCGGCUCGCCCUCGAGCAGGUGCAGCGAGAGACCACGUGCGACGAUAGACCGGUACUCACCCAUGGUGACCUGUCCGAUCGAAACAUCCUCGUUGACCCUGACACUCUCGAAGUGACGGGUUUCAUUGACUGGGAGACGGCGAAUAUCAUGCCAGCAUACACUGAGUAUGUCCUGGCAAGGCUGUCCAACGGGCAUCAGUCGGCAUGGAGGAGAGAGCUAUUGGACGUACUCAAGGAUGUGCUGCGCAUGGAGAUCCAGGAUAAAAUGGCCCAAGGGACGACCGCAGAGGCCGUAGACCGGAAGGAAAGAGAGCAGAAGUACGACAGGACGCUGGAGGCCUGGAACAACCUCGUCAAUGUGGAGAGGACCGCUCAUGAAUACGGCGACGAUUGUUCUUGGACAUUCGAAGACAGUUUCCAGUAGCACUUAAACGAGGCUUUGAGGCGGACGCGCUGCACGACGGUGGACAUGUAGACACAUGUACAAGUUGAGGUAGUAGUAGAGAGUAGGUGUGACCGAGCAGACAGAAGACGGCGGGCGUCUGUAGCUAUGGAUCGAGAUUGAGCAUGUACCAGAC